AUGUCUAUCAACAAGAUCGCCGCCAACAGCCCUUCGCGCGCCAACCCAUCCGAGUUGGAGACCAGCAUUGCUGGUGCUCUCUACGACCUCGAGACCAACACUGCCGACCUGAAGGCUGCUCUCCGUCCCCUCCAGUUUGUCUCUGCCAGAGAGAUUGAAGUUGGCCACGGCAAGAAGGCAAUUGUCAUCUUUGUCCCCGUCCCAUCCCUACAGGGCUUCCACCGUGUCCAGCAGCGCUUGACCCGUGAGCUCGAGAAGAAGUUCUCCGACCGCCAUGUCCUGAUCCUUGCUUCGCGCCGCAUUCUGCCCCGCCCCAAGCGAUCAGCCCGCUCGCGCAACACCCUCAAGCAGAAGCGUCCUCGUUCGCGAACACUGACCGCUGUUCACGAUGCCAUCCUUACUGAUCUCGUCUACCCCGUUGAGAUUGUUGGUAAGCGCGUCCGUGUCAAGGAGGACAGCAGCAAGCUCCUCAAGGUCAUCCUCGACGAGAAGGAGCGUGGUGGCGUUGACUACAGACUCGACACCUACUCCGAGGUCUACCGUCGCCUAACAGGCCGAACCGUUACCUUCGAGUUCCCUCAGUCCGGUUCCUCUGAGUACUAG